AUGUCGGACGAGGAUAAAGAGCUCUUGGCUCGCAUCGGGCAGCUUGCCGGGCAAAUCAACCGACACAAAAACCAGCAGGCUGGGGCCGCGCCAAGCAACCACCCAGCUCCCUACCGCCGCAACGCAUAUAGGCAUGCGAGCGCUCCGUAUCCGCGCGCUGGAUACCGAGGUGGGCGUCCGCCCGUUGCCCAUCGCCACCGAACACUCCAGCUCAGCACUCCGAGGUCUGGCUCUGAAUCAGGCGGUGCCAGCGAUAGCGCCCCGUCGGGAAACAGAAACUGGGUGUCCAGAACGGAUCGCCACCGCCAACUGAUCAACGCCGAUAUAUACGAGAAAGAAGUCCAGAGUCGCACAAAGGCCAUCGAGGAAACCCGACAACGGAAACUGAGGCUCCAGAAAUCUGGAGAGAAGGCGAGGUUCAACGCCUUUUUGCGACGCCAAGCCAACCCUCCCAACCCCUCUGCUGUGCCUACUAACGCUGGCAUUGGGGCUGGCAGAAAUGAAAUCCUGAUUGACGGCAUGCGCUUCCGCGUCGUGGACGGCGGUAAGAAGCUGGUCAAGGCCAUGGAGGACAUUCAUUCUACCCCCUCAACGCCCAAGAGCGCCAUCGUGGCCGGUGUCACGUUUUACCGAACCAAAACAGGCAAUCUUGUUGCGAACCGUGUUGUCCAAGACCACCGCCGGACCGGAGUGGUCAAGAAGAAGAACGAGCUGUGCAGGAUCUUUUCGACGACUGGUUCCUGCCCCAAGGGGCCCGCGUGCCGGUUCCAGCAUGACCCUGCCAAGGUGACGAUGUGCCGAGAUUUCCUCAAGGAAGGGAAAUGCGCCGACGGCGAGUCUUGCGACCUGUCCCAUGAACCGAGCCCGGAACGGGUCCCCAACUGCGUGCAUUUUGCCAAAGGCAACUGUGCCAAGCCUGACUGCCCGUACGCUCAUUCCCAAGCAGCGCCCGGCGCACCCGUCUGCGAAGCGUUUGGCUUCUGCGGCUACUGUGAAAAGGGAGCCAGCUGCACCGAGCGCCAUGUCUUUGAGUGCCCCGACUUCAGCAACACGGGCAGCUGUAAGACCAAGGGAUGUAAGCUUUUGCAUCGUGAGAGGGCAAGCGUCCUUCGAGCCCACUUCAAGAGGGGCGAACCUGAGGGAGACGUGUCGAGCGAAGAUGAAGCCGACGACUCUGACGACAUCGACUCGGACGAGGUGGCCGAGUUGAUUGAAGCCAAGUCGGACGACUCUGACUUUGACGACGACAACAAGGAUUUCUUACCCAUUUAG